AUCAAAAUUCCUUUGAACAACAAUGGAGGCUUCGUCUUCUAGAAACAAACCUCAUGGUUCAAGUUUUCAUCACCAUUUUCAACGAUCCACUUCACCUUCGGGUCGGUUCUGCUCGUACUCAAUGUCUUCAACUUCACCUAGUUUUUCCAGUUUCUCCAACAGGGAUUCCGAUUUCAUGACCCGAUCCACAUCCCCAACCCGGGUGAAUCUUCGCCGAUCUGUCUCCCCAUCGCCGAAUGUAAGGUUUUCCGCCUCUGCCGGCCGUUCGAUUUCAGUUUACCCUCAUCAACAAAAGCAGAACAGUAGGCCGUUGCCGUCUAAUCAGAAGAAAACAUGCAUGUGUUCGCCGACAACGCAUCCAGGCUCAUUCCGUUGCAGUCUUCACAAGAAUAUGAGCCAAAAUCGGAGUCAUUCCAACUCCUCUUAUCGAUCAAGCUAUCACCUGAAUAUGCGUAGAUCGGCCAUGACAAACUCACUUGUUCGGAUUGGAACUGUAGAAGGUGAACUGGUUAAGAGAGCGCUUGCCGCUUUGAUCCGUCCAUCUUCUCAUCAUCUCAGGCGAAGAGACGAUUUUCAGCCGCGACCUAGCCGGCUCUCCGUCAUGUCCAAGGCCGAAAAUUCAUGAGGGUUUUGUGAAUCGCUUUUUAUGUACAGUUCGUGAUUAAGCAUCAACUCACUGAGUCAGCAGGGGAUGACUCGGGAAAGGCCUUAUGCCUUUUUUUGUAGUUUUCAGGCGAAAACUCCCAAACCCCAAAAAUUUUGUAUUUUUUGGUUUUUUUUUGAGUACUGCAGCAUGUCAUAUACAGCUUUCAAUAUAUCACAGUAUAAUCUAAAGAUUUACAAUUAACUGAACAUCCGUCAAAA